ACGUGAUUCUUGGUCUUUACAUUCAACCUGCGGGUUAUGGCAGCAACUGGUGGAUCAGACGAAGGAGGAAGCUAAGCAGAAGAUCGCUUUAGCUGAUUUAUACGCUGCCCGCCUUACAGUACUUAUUGCGCAGAGAGCAGAUGAUUUACAGCGUAUUUCACGAAAAUGUCGCGAAAUAGGGACACUCGCGCAUGGUGAAAUAUGCCGAGUGCUAAACGAAUUGCAUACUGCUAUGAGAACCUAUCAGCUUUGCUUUCUUGAAUGUUCAGCUAUAGAAAGCAAAUUUCGCCAAGUUGAAGAAAAUAAGACGAAGUAUGAGGAGAAUAAUCCGACUAAGCUGGGUGUUGCUCGUAAGCAUCGAUGUUUGGCAAAGCUUUAUAAAAAAAGGCUGGAAAAAUAUAAUACGGUAAAACUGAAAUGUUUGAAAGCUAGAAAUGAAUAUCUGUUAUGUGUGCAGGCAGCCAAUGCAGCUUUGCAUAAGUAUUUUGCGGACGACCUUUCUGAUCUCAUCGAUUGCAUGGAUCUUGGUAUGGAUCAGUGGUUACAAGGUUUUAUUAAUUGUACAGUCACGGCACGGAAAGAUAUGUGUCAGAAAGAAAUGGAUGCUUUAGCAGAACUUUGUGGAUUUAAAGAAUCACUUGAUUCGAAGGCGGAUAAGCAACGAUUUAUUGAGGCAAACCAUGCGACUUUUAUGUUGCCGAAACGAUUCGAAUUUAGAGGACAGCUUGGCGAUACGGUAUCUACGGUAAGUGCAGCCGAUGUCGUUGCUGAAGAACUACAACAACGGCAUUUGCAGAUUGAACGAAGACUUGCUAAUGUGAGGAUUGAAUCAGAAGAAAUAUGGAAAACUUUGGAAUCUACAGAAAAAGCAGUUGCUGAACGUUUUAUGGAGGCGAUGGCUAAUUUGGUUGCAGCCACCGAAGUUCCAAGUGAUGUAUCACGUGAGGAUUGUAAUGACGCAAACAUUUACAAUUUUAAGAACAAAAUAAGUGCUAACGAAUUAUAUGAUUUUUAUCUUGGGAAAUUCAGUCAUUAUAUGCUGAAUAGUAACUUAAUUGAACGACUAGAAGCGCGGGCAAAUGGAAUUGCUUCAGCUCUGAAUGGGUAUUCUAAAAAAAGUUUUGAUGGUAGCACCAGUUCUGCUGUUGUUUCUUCCCCUAACUCUUUUUACCAAAAUGGAGAUGACAGCGAAACUUUCCCUUCUGCUCCUAAUCGUGCGAAAAAAAGAAUCGGCAGUGGUUUGCUACCUGACAGUAUCAGGCGACCGAAGCUCUUUGGCGGUAGUUUAGAUGAGUAUGUUGAAGCCACAGGCGAAACAAUACCUCUCAUUAUCACUUCUACUAUACGUGUAUUAUCCCAAUUUGCUCUGCAUCAUCAAGGAAUAUUCCGUAUAUCAGGCUCACAAAUUGAAAUUAAUAUAUUUCGAGAAGCAUUUGAAAAAGGUGAAGAUCCACUACGACAUGUUGUUGAUGCUACGGAUGUCAAUUCAAUUGCGGGUGUUUUGAAACUUUAUUUACGUGAACUUCGUGAAUCUCUUUUCCCUUUAUUUCUUUUUGAUCAGUUGACAGAAUGUGCGAAAUGUUCAAAUGCUGACGAAUUCGUCAAACAGGUUGCUCCACUUAUUCAGAAAUUAUCACGACCCACUCAGCUUGUAUUACGAUAUCUUUUUGCAUUCCUCAAUCAUCUCAGUGAAUUUAGCGAUGAAAAUAUGAUGGAUCCAUACAAUCUUGCAAUCUGCUUCGGACCUACACUUCUUCCUAUUCCAGAGGGAAAAGAUCAGGUUGACUUCUAUCCAGACGGGAACCAAGAACAGAAUUCGCUUUCCUUUCCUUUCGUACCGGUAACUGAAUUCGUCGUUUAUCGUCAAAUGAUAUCGUCCGACUCUUCUCCCAAAGGAGACAGUAUUUUAUUUGACGAAAAUGCUGAUAUCCGACGACAGGUCUUUUACCAUAAUUUUGUAAACGAGCUUGUGAAAAAUUUGAUUGUUUAUCAUGAGCAAAUUUUUCCUACAGUGUUACCUGGUCCGCGGUAUGAGAAGUAUCUGAUUGAAUCCGAGCAAGCACUCUUCAUUGAUGAGCAAGAAAGUGCCAUCAGUGGUGAUGAAGAAACAAUAACGACACCGGUUUUCGAUUAUUCAAACGAGAAAUCGUUAAUCGAACUUAAAGCAUCUGGGGUGGCUCCAUCCUGGAAUGUUGCAAAUGCUGCUAAGGAAGUGCUUUCAGCGUCUUCGAAUGUCGCUGGAUAUAGGUUAUCAACAAAGUUAAUGUCAGGAUCUAAUAAUGUUGUGAGGCAUUUUGAAAGUGGUAGUAAUACGAGUGCUGCGACAGGUGGCCAGUCAUCGGUGAAUAACAGUGAAAUUCCUUCAAGCCAGAAACGAAAGCAAGAACAGGUUUGGUCUCGUCGAGGAUGUGGCGUGAGUUCGCUACGUGAGCAACUGCACCAUAGCCGAGUACAACAGCAGGCUUUUACCAGUGAUAAAUCACCAUCAUCAUCUUCUUUGGAUGCUCUCAUUUUUGAUAAUCGUUUCGAUGGAGUAAUGUUUGGAAAUAAAUUGUCAUCAAUUGAUAACGAAAGUCCUAGCGGAAAAACGAGGUCGGAAAGUCUUGAUCAUUCCGAGCUUUUUUAUUUGAUGGUUUUCAGUUUAUUUCAUUGGAUUUUUGUCCUAGAUAUUUCACGAGAAGCUGCGAAGUAUGGAGCCAGACUUGAUACUGACGUAUGGCGGCUAACAGCUUAUAUAUGUCUUAUAAUUUUUCGACGAUGGAAGAGUAUGGUUGACCAUGACUGCAGUUCGAUGUUUCAGAUUCGAAUGCGACGAGUCUUUACCGUCGCUAGUAAAAAAAACCCCCUAUCACCGUAUUUUUUGUGUAUGCGUUGGCGGGUAGAUAAAAAAUUGGAUUAUAACAGAGGGUUGGAUUCGGAAGAUGAACUGCUUGGGUCUGGACGGAUGGCAACAUCCUCUCGAGUUAAAACUACUACUUCUGACAGGAUAGUCCAUCAGUCGUGUCCUCCUGAACCUCCGGAUCCCGCAACAUGUUGCGGAUUUGGAUGCGCGAAUUGUGUUUGGGUUGAAUAUGUUACCGAACUAAUGCGCUAUUAUAGCGGCCGUCCUUUGCAUGAAAUUUUAAUUGAAAUAGAUAGAGUAGUUCCAAACAGUCACUGCGACAUUGGCCAUCCAAGAGUCUCAAAAAAAGACUACACUGCAAAAAAUGUGCAGCAGAAAGUUCUCCUAGAAAUAAGGCAUAUGAAAUAUGUCAACGCAAUUGCUAUGCAAAGGAUGAAAGAAAACGCUGACAUGGAAGACGUUGAUCGUUCGCUGACUUUGCUGCAUUUGCGUAAGACGUUUAGCGAAUACUGUAGGAUGCCAUUAAAUGGUUCGAAAGAUGGAGAUCGAAAGUUUGACCGCCUACUUCCACUCUUUGGAAGGGUCAUGGCAAUGUAUCCUUCUCCAGAAGAAAUUGUCGAUAAAUUUAAAGAACUGUGUGCGUUUACGGGUCAUCUUUGUCGUCACCUUGUACAGGAGAUACGCUUAAGGGCCGCAAAUGAAUGCACUCGGUUGGCAGCUUCUGCCAUUUUAAAUUUUCUAUUACCAGAUGUUGCUGAUUGUCGCGGCUGGACGUUAUUGAAUGCAGCUUGCUACCUUAGUUGCACGAAACAGGAGCAGGUCAUUGAAGUGAUGUGUAAAGCGGCGUUGCCUUCUACUCUGGUUAAAGCACUUUAUUUAUUUUUCGAUUUACCUCCUGCAGCCAAUGAGGAUGUCGCAAUAUCCAAACAAAAACUUUUUGUGGUUUUCCAAAAAGUUUUGAAAAAGUUGUGUGAAUUCAACUGUGUUAGCGAAGAGCUUACUCGGAAAGAUGAUUUGUUCCUUCUUUUUGCCGGCGCUUCAUGUGCAUGUCCUACAGAAAAUGUCGAAUGGAGAGAAGCAAUAUCUCAUUUACUUGUAGUGGUAGUUUCAAGAAGCUUAUCCUCAUCUGUGACAAAAUAUAUCCAUGGUACUGUUAAUUAUUCUUUGAAAAUUGACUCCGCGACCACUGUGAAUGUUCUGUUGCAGGAUUUUGCUCGUGCUAAUGGUUAUCUUUUAUUACGGGACUUUAUUUUGAAAUAUGCAGAGAAUAAAGGAGCAGAAGAAGGUAUUAAAAAUAUCUUAAUAUUAAUAAUGAGCAUGACAACAUGUGGUACUGCUGAACUGAAACCGAAUUAUACACCGGGACUGAUUGUACUUCCAACUUUUAAUCUUCCAAUUCCUUCAAAUAAUGGUCUUACAUUAUGCAAUGUUGAUGCACUUCACCUUCUUUUUCAAAUUUUUAUACAGUGUAAAAAUGAGUGGAUAUGCGAGGCAGUUGUUGAUGCUGUUCAUAAUAUUUAUGCUUCUGAUACAGUUAAUUACUUCAUUGCGGAUAAAGAAUGUCCAUUAUCUCAAAUGAUUGAACGAAUGGGGUCAAAGUCCCUCCAAAUACAGCGAAAAGUUAUGGAACUUAUUGAGUAUGUGGUGUUACAUUUAAGUCAUAUUCCAUGUAAAGAGCUUAUUGCGCUAAGUGUCCUCCUAAAAACAGAGAUAUCGGAUAACAGUCUUGAAUGCUGUAUACUUUUUCUACAAAGUGCUUUCAGAAUAUUAUCUGCCAAUGCGCUUCUAAAGGAUGCUUUUCGUGAAGUUGGGCUUGUUGAAUCACUGACUUGGGCAGUGUUGCAUUUUAUAUCAAUUGACAAAACUCGACCUCUGUCUGAAAGUGAAGGACGAGUUGCCUUGUUGAGCACUGAUAUACUUUCUCUUCUUGUCAGCAGCAAUCUUGCUAAUGCUUGUGCAUUCCGUGAAAAUGCAGGUUCAAAAGCAAUCAUCGAUCUUAUCUGUAGCAAGAACGAUGAAUGGAGAGCUUCUGCAUUGCAGCUCAUGAAACAGCUUCUGAUAUCUGGCCAAAGUGAAGAACAACUCACAGCUUUACUCCUUGUACUUCACACUCCGACACUUGAUAACAUGGCUUUAAAAGCAAUUUUGUUGAAGUCCCUUCUCUGUGCCUUACGUGAAAGUCACAAAGUGCGUUUAAUGUUUCGACGCAGCGGAGGAUACUUGUGUCUGAUGUCUCUUCUGAUCAGUCUCGAGGGGAAGCUAAGGAGUAAUGUGGAAGAAACGAUUUCAGAAGUGUUUCUUGCUGAAAUUGCCAACUUUCUGAGAUUUACAGAAAUCAUUUUCAAAGUGACGUGGGAUAAUUUAUGUCUAGCUUUACGGGUCAGUGGAGCCUUUAUGAAAGAUGUCGAGAGAAUCGAUGCGGAGCAUGUAAUAUGGCAAGCUGAAACAUCAGAAAUUCAAAGUAAAGUUGAGGCGUGCCACAAAAUGUUUGAUUUCAACGAAUCUUUUAAUAGUGGUUGCUUACCACCUGACGAAAUUCCAACAUCAAUAUUUAUUGCUUUGUCGAUGAUACGGUUUUUGGUCAGCUUAGCUCUUGACAGUUAUGAAAAGCCUGAAGCGGUUUGGCCGUCAAAUUCGGGUUCAGCAGCUGGCGACCAAUGUGCAUCUCUCGCAUCCUGGACAGCAGGUGUACUUGUCCAUCCUGGUGCGCUAAUUUCUGUCUUACAUCUCCUUCCCGCAAUACAGUCAUCCACAUUUCAGUGGGCUGCAGCAGCUCAAUAUUACUGCGCUCUUCUUAUCAAGGCACUUUUGCGACCGGAAAGAAACCAGCAAAUUAUGUGCCAAUCAAACAUGGCACAGAGCAUAUUGAAGAUUGGCGUUAAUGUUUUUAAAAGCGAAAAACACCUCAUGCUUGCACCAUUUUAUUAUGUCCUGGAGCGACUUUCAUCGCAUGCAAUAACUCCGUCCGAUUUAAGGUCUUUUUUACGUCUUGGUAUGCCACUUUGUUGUCGAAAUUUGGAUGAGACGGAGGGUGAAGAACCAGUGACGGAUGAUGAGGGUGGUUCUAUUUCCAUCGCAAGGGUGAAAGCGCUGGUUUCAAUGAUGACACCACGUGAUCAUCGAAUUGCUCAAAAUCCAUCAUUUGUGGAAUUUGAUAUGGCACCUGAAGGUUUUGCAUCUCUUGUAAUUCCAUCUCUAGCACCACUUUCAACAGAUUUUGGAAUUGGACGUGGUGAACGGAUAUUUCCGCCUCUAAAUGGUUUAACAGUAAUGAUGUGGCUUUGCGUGGAACAGUUUAGUGAUAAAAGAAUCGACCCGCAUCCUAUACGCUUACUCACGAUUUAUCGUUCAUUUAAUUCAUCUAAAAAAGAAGAUGGUUCAAAGCAGAAUCCCUCACUUGUUUGCCUUUCGAUGCAGCUAAGCUCCAUCGAUCGGUCACUUCUAAUUUGCACUGCCGAAAGUGAAACUGCUGGUAACGAUCUUGAGAAAGAGCGAAAUAUUGCGGAUGAAAAUCUUAUUCGUAUUGCAUUAGGAGAUGCAAUAUGCAUUGGGCAAUGGACCCAUAUCGCUGUGGUUCUAACCAGAUCUGUUCUUAAGCAUAGCCAGGCAGCCAUUUACAUUAAUGGUCGGCUAGAAGGCACUUACAAACUACAUUAUAUCAUCCAGAAUGUUGGUGGUGGUGCGGCUCAUUUAUCUUAUGCUAAUGGCGUCUAUGCUGUUAUUGGUACGCCGCCAGUAUAUCGAUCACAGAGCAGGCUGUGUUUCAAAAUUGCUACUUUUGUCAUAGUCGAAGAACCAGUAAGCGCAGAAGCAAUAAUUCGAAUAUAUGAUUUGGAACCUCAUUAUAUUGGGAAUUUUCAGACAGUGUCCGGCGAUACCCCUCUUAUUGCAGAGGAGCGUAUUUGUUUGUCUUUAUCGGCUGUAGCCAAUAAGGAAUUAAGUGUUUCACGAAUUGGUUCAAUAUAUAGCAAAGCAGAUAGCGCGUUCAUUGCACGUUACAUUGGUGUUUCAAUUCAUGAUAGAAGCACGCCCUUACGGAUUCUGCUCAAUACGGUUACACACGCACCAGGGCCAGCACGAUCGUUUGGAGCAGUACUUCUUGGAUACCUUGGAAUACGGUUGUUUACACCAUUCCCAGUAACUCGACUGUUGGAUUGCGUGGGAGGUAUAUCUUGCCUGUUUGGUCUCGUAGCAAUGGCAACAACAUCCCAAGAGUUGUAUGCAUCAUUAAAAGCUUUGACGACUGCUGUAAAGACGGAUAAAAUUACAUCGAGACAUCUGAUCACUACGAGAUCUUAUCAGAUCCUUGCGAUGCUUCUGGAAGGAAAAACCGAACUUCUUAAUUCACAUAUUCUUCAUUUAAUUUUAUCUUUGGUUGGCACACUGGAUACCAGCAAAGACACAUCCAUUAUCCCGAAUCUUUCAGUUUUUGAAGAUAUGUUAUGUGAUUUAGAUGUUUGGAAAGACGCUAGUCCUGACCUCAAUAGACUACUUUAUGAACAUUUCUAUGAAUUAAUUACGGACCAGAAUAGUGAGAACCUGAAUAUGGUGCUCCGUAGUUCACUGCCAUCCCGCCUUCUUAUUCGACUUUUUGAUCAUCCGAACCUUAUUUUUGCUGUUAAUGAUAUUGUUUUCAAUCUUCUUGCUGCACUUUUGCAACCUCCUGCCGACAGUUUAUUGCUGCUAAAAGUUGGUCAGCUGAUGGCUGCAACUCUUCCAAUACCUGGCUCGGACCAGAAUGAAACGUCAUAUGCAUUUUCGAUAACCGAUCUGCAAGCAGCUCUCUUUGCUAGCAAACAUUCGUCACAUUUUGAUCGUCUGCUUUAUGAUAUUUAUGUGCGCAAUCGUAUUCUCAACAUAAUAGCAAACACCUUGACUCAUUCAAGUGUAAACAACAAUUUGCUAUUAUGUGACCUAGUCGUUAAAACACUCGGUUUCGAUUGGGUGCUGGCUCUGUUUACGCCAGGUGUCCAUUAUACAACUGUUGUACUUGGUCUACGUAUUCUUCUUGCGCUGUUGAAACACGACCAUCUGAUGCAGAAAUUCAAGGAAGGCUCAGCAAAUGGUGGUUGGUUAACAGAUGCGGACUCAUUCGUUCGUAACAGGGCUGCGGUUUUACUUGGUUUUUCCGUGUCAGCUUACGGAGGUAACGUAGGAGCCCAUGUUGACAUCAAUCCAGAACUCUCUGAAUGUGGUGGUUUUAUAAUGCUUGAACACUUGCUUCACUUCCACUACAAGAAACCGCAAUGCUAUUUGGCGAUGUUGGCAUUAUUAGUUGGCCAGCCAAUAUCAAGCAUCACGCUUGUGGAUAAUUUUUCUCUUGAUCUUAUUUGGUCCCAUGUUUUUGGCCUUUCUUUAUCGAGUUCUGUGUCUGAGGCCGUUUCUGGCAUAGAAAUUUGUUGUGAGGCAGUUAUACCCCUGUUAUCGAUGGUUCGAGCUGCAAUUCAUGCCAACGGUGAAUCACCUCACGAUGAUAACAAAUUGGUAUAUUCUUCUACGGUGAUUCAGAUGUUCACUUUUUUAUACCAGAACUGUCCCAAUUUUUGUAAUCUUUGCCACACAGAAGAGUUCAUAACUUACCUAUUUUGUGUUCUUGUACCUUUGAAUGUCAUGGAAUCAAGUACAAUCAAAGAUGAAAAUUCGCUUUCGCCAUCAUUCUAUGAUAUGCAUGUUGUCCUUGAAGAAAGUUGCUGUCGAAAUGUUUUGGAUUUAAUAAAGCGGAUUUUAUAUGAAGACAUAUAUCGGAAUCAUGGUGCAAAGCCUGAUUCUUUAUUAGAUGCAUUAAUCGAGAACAUUCCUGAAUACGGUUGCUCCCGUCGAUUUUGUACUUUUGUGCUUUCCGAAAACUUAUCUUUGUGCAUGGAGUACAUGAUUGCUACCGAUGUUCUACUAGAGUCUGAAAAACCAAGCACUGCAGCAACUUGUGGGACUUCGGCUGCAACUUCUGCAGUUUUACUUGCAAAUUUUGCUUAUUUUGCUUCCAGGAUUGUUGACUGCGUUUGGAGUGGAAUUUACAUUGGAGAAGCAAGUCGUGUUCUUAGUUUCUUAUUGAAAGGACUUGCUCUCACUCGACGUAACGAUCCGAAAUCAAUUUCUUACGAUUCGCUUAUGCAAUCGCUUGAUCGGGUCAUUUUAUAUCUCUUGAGUAGACCCAUUGACAAUGUUAAUGUGCAAAUGUCAAUUUUGAAUACGUUGUCGGAAAUCAUCCUACAUCGCAAUGUCAUACUGUCUCCAACGCACAAUGAUCCUUUGUUUUUCGGCUCUCUCACCCAUCUUUUAUUUAUGCUUUCUGUCACACCGGACAUCCUUCCAAAAAAGGAAGGAUCAUCAAAUCUUGAUCGUGGAAGUGCUCAGGUUGCCUUAUGUGCUUCGCAGGUAUGGAAGGAGGUUUGUGCAGUUAAACGAAAUCUUCUAGAAGACGUUUUUCGAAGCGGUCUCGUUACAGAGUUAAAUGCAGCGCGUGCUUUAUUAUCACAUGCUGCCAGUCUUGAAUGGCUAUCAUUUGUUGAUUCACAGAUGAAUUCUUCACCGAAAAGCACUAUGCAAUUUCAACAACAAAUACAGUCGAAGAUCACGAAAGUUGCUACCGGUUUACAACGUUUAGCUACUCGCAAAACACUGAGCAGUUCUAAUUCAAUCUGCAGCUUCACACUUUCGCGACAGCCAAAUAUCACUACAGAGGUAGUUCAAAUGUGGCUGCGUGUGCACAUAUCAUUAAUCAGAGAACUUGUUCGCACGCAAUGUCUCUGUUAUCAUGAAUGGCAUUCACAUGUACAAAAAUGGUGCAUGCAAGACUGGCGUUCUCUUGAGAUGGAAUUGAUAAGAGAACGUGGAAUUUGGGGAGCAGAGCUUGGUUCUUCUCUAGAUAAAUAUAUGUUAGAUAUGACUGAAGGGCCUUGUCGCAUACGACGGAAGCUGAUUCCCAAUCCAACUUUCUAUCAUCAUUAUCCCUAUCGUCCACAUCUUGAUUCUCCUGAAGCGAAAGCGAUGCGUGCUAAAGUAGCGGUAUCAAAAGAUAGCAAGCUGUAUUAUGCAGCUAUAAGGCGGCGGCGUGGGAAAAUACCGGAACCAAGAAUCAUCGAUUUGUCAGCAAUGGUUUAUACUCCAUCUGAAGAAUGUUCAGAUCUGCUUUUCACUGACAUGCAAGAGAUCAGUACGUCAAUGAUUCGUCGUGUGUCGAUCAAGCAUGCCCUGAGUAAAGACAGUGAUGAAACGGAAUGUGUUGUAAAUGAGAAAGAUGUGAACGAAGCAGACGAGGAAAAUGUUGAAGAAAAUGGUGUGGAUGAAGAACAUAGUAUUGAGCGACGGCAAGCAGCAAAUGAGCAGAAAAAUGGUACUCGUGAAAAUGAAGGAAUGACUAUUAAAGCAAAAGAUGGAAGUAUAGAACGAAAAAGGGGACCCGAUAAUCAGACUUUGCUGAGGCUUCUGGAACAGGGCGAGCAAUUGCAUUCUAUGUUCCGCUGUGCACGUGUGCAGGGUUUGGAUACAAGUGAAGGAUUAUUAUUGUUUGGAAGACAACAUUAUUAUGUUGUUGAUGGAUUUACACUUCUGAAAACGAGAGAAAUUAGAGAUUUGGAUUUCCUUCUGCAAGAGCAAGUUUUUAGAUUUCAUUUUCGAUUGCAUGAUCCGAUUGUACCGUACAUGGCCUGUGGUACUAGCCAUCCUGUGCGACGCACUAGAUUGUGUAGUAAAUUUUCAUACAAUGAUAUUCGUGAAGUUCAUCGACGUCGCUAUCUUCUUCAACCAAUUGCUAUCGAAGUAUUCUCAGCAGAUGGGCGUAAUUAUCUGCUGGCUUUUCCAAGACGUAUGCGUAAUCGAGUUUAUCAAAAAUUUUUGUCGCUAGCAAGAUUACUGAAAGAUAAUGGAUCCGAAUCUGUAGGAGGACAGAGGUCGACUGCACCAAUGGAGCAAACAAGUCGUGUUUCAUUAUUGACCUCAUUCAUAGGACAGCAGUCUGUUACGCAUCGUUGGGUACGAGGAGAAAUCAGUAAUUUUCAGUAUCUAAUGCAUCUGAAUACUUUAGCUGGUCGGUCUUAUAACGAUCUUUCUCAGUACCCGGUAUUUCCUUGGAUAUUACGAGAUUACGAAUCAGAGGAUCUAAAUCUGACAGAUCCACGUUUCUUUCGUGACUUAAGUAAACCAAUGGGGGCACAGAAUCUAGAACGUCUAGAACAGUUUCUGAAAAGAUAUCGAGAAUGGGAUGAUCCAACUGGUGAAACGCCUGCAUACAUGUAUGGUACACACUACAGCAGUGCUAUGAUCGUCGUUUCAUAUCUUGUACGUUUGGAACCUUUCACGCAGCAAUUUCUGAAGCUUCAGGGUGGUCAUUUCGAUUUGGCUGAUCGAAUGUUUCACAGUGUUGGUGAUGCUUGGCUUAGUGCAAGCCGUAAUAAUAUGGCAGAUGUAAAAGAAUUGAUUCCCGAAUUUUUUUCGCUCCCUGAAAUGUUUCUUAACUCAAAUCACUUUGACUUUGGUGUCAAGCAAAAUGGUGUAGCGCUGAAUGAUGUGGUACUUCCAGCUUGGGCAAAAGGUGAUGCCAGAGAAUUUGUACGUAUGCAUCGACAGGCACUGGAAUGUGAUUACGUAUCAGCAAAUUUGCAUAACUGGAUAGAUUUGAUCUUCGGCUAUAAGCAGCGCGGAGAUGCUGCCGCUGAAGCGAAUAAUAUUUAUCAUCAUCUUUUUUAUGAAGGAAAUGUUGAUUUUGAUAGUAUUGAAGAUCCACUAACAAGAAACGCAACCAUUGGCUUUAUCAACAAUUUUGGGCAAAUUCCAUCGCAACUGUUUAAAAAACCGCAUCCACAAAAAAAAGUUGCAUAUGCAGAUAUUUAUUCAUCAACUCCCGGCGUUACAACACAGCGACUUUUUUAUCACUCUUUUGAUUCACUAAAAGUACCAGCACAGCCAAUAAAAGAAUUAAAAUCAGCUGUUGGAAGCUUAGUUCCACUCGAGAAAGGUGGAGUGCUUGCGCUAGAAACAAAUCGUAUACUACUUUUGCCAAAUCGUUAUAUAUCUUGGGGCUUUCCCGAUAGAAGUAUAAGGAUUGGUUCUAUUGACAAUGAUCGGUCCACUUGUGUCUAUGAACUGUCCGAAAGCGCUGAAAUUACCUGCUGUGCAUGUGGUGAUUCACGGACAGUUUUCACCGGUUCCAGUACAGGUAAAGUUUGUGUCUGGGAUCUGACGGAACGACAUCCUCGCAUUCGAUUUCGUCGCACAUUAACAGCACAUACAGAGGCAAUCACUGCACUGGUUGUAUGCUCAGCACAAACUUUGCUUGUGAGUGGUAGCCGUGAUGGUACUGCUAUCGUUUGGCAUUUAAGUGCAUUAACAUUUAUUCGACAGUUGCGACUGCACCCAUCUGCAGUAACAGCUGUUGCUAUCAAUGACACGACGGGGGAUAUACUUACAGCAUCAGGAUCGACGCUGUUUCUGUGGUCAAUCAAUGGACGACUUCUAUCUGUAAUUGAUAGUGUUGAUACAGCUUCGUUCGGUCAAUUUCCUAAUGUCAUUUUAUCACUGUCAUUUUCUACGCUGUAUGAAUGGGAUCCAGAAAAUGUGGUUAUGUGUGGCGGUAGUGAUGGCAUUGUACGAAUAUACUGCUUGGAGUUCGUGAGAAAUGAGGAUGACUUGGAUCCAAAAGCAAGCCGAUUACCAGCAACAUUGCAAACAAAUAUAAAUAAUAUGACUACUCUACAACGACACCUUGAGCGACAACGACAACGCUUACAGUUGUUAUCGUCAGAAGCAAGUUCAUCGAACUCUCCCUCUGCUGGAAGUCAAACUGAUUCACCUGAGCCACUUUUCGAUCCUUCUAUUAAUUUAUACGACGAUGAAAGAUUGGAUUGUAGCUGGAAAUGGCAAGAAGGAGAAGCUGAUCGUUCGGAAAAGUUGGUUUGGAAAAAAUUGUUGGUACCGAAAUUUUCAUUGACAACUCAUACAGCUUUUAAUCGUAAGGAUAAUCCACAUCCUGCUUCGAUUACAGCGAUCACCCCAUCUAGAGAUCACCGAACUCUGUUUGUUGGAGAUAGUGCUGGUCGCGUUUGGAGCUGGCAGAUUGGUGAUGAAGUUGGUGCACGUGCGGACCACUGGAUACAAGAUCCGAGUAGAAGUUCAUGCACACAGUGUAUGCAAAAAUUCUCGCUUGCCGAAAGGCGGCAUCACUGUCGAAAUUGUGGGCAUAUUUUUUGCAACCGGUGUAGUCGGUUUGAAACUGAUAUAAAACACAUGAAAAUUUCGAAGCCAGUGCGUGUUUGCCAGAGUUGUUUCCUACGUUUGAAGGCAGAAGGGGAAUGUAUUGCAAGGCUACCGUGGCUAUUUGCUGGAGUGUUAUGCCUCGGUGAUGUCUGGAAGAUCUGUGGACAGUGCUUGGUGACUGAUAAGGGAGAAAGGAGGGACUGCUGGAAACUGCGCCCUACGGCUGCUUUUAACAUGCAUACCCCGACAGAAUUGCAAGAUUUGGGCAGAGAUCCUCCCGCACAAUGUAGUGCAGGACCAGUUGGCGAUGAUCUUUUUCAUUGGCAAGCUACUAUAAUGGGUCCACCAGAAUCACCAUAUCAAGGUGGUGUGUUUUUCCUGACAAUUCAUUUUCCGACGGAUUAUCCGUUUAAACCACCAAAGGGUGAUAUCUCUCUUGUUUGCGAAGUUUUGCCUGUCGGACUUUUGACUCAUUUGCUGCUUGGGUGGUAUAAUCUUACCAGAUACUUUUGUUUUGCAUUUGAUACCGCAAAGUCUGAUAAGCCUAAGUUUUCCAGUGCAUUCACUUUGGUAGCGUUUACAACUCGCAUUUAUCAUCCCAAUAUUAACAGUAAUGGUAGUAUCUGUUUAGAUAUUUUGCGUUCUCAGUGGUCACCCGCUCUCACAAUUUCAAAAGUAUUGUUAUCAAUCUGUUCACUGCUGUGUGACCCGAAUCCUGAUGAUCCAUUGGUGCCUGAAAUUGCACGCAUUUACAAAACAGAUCGAGAACGAUAUAAUCAACUAGCUCGCGUCUUCAUUAAUUUCGGAAGUGUAGCGUUUUUGUGCUUAUAUUCUUCAACGUCGCUUACGCUAAAAGAUAUCGUCGCCGAUGUUCACAGUAUGGCAGAUAAAAGUGAAAAUAGUUCAGAAGCCGAUGAACAAUCAGUUGAAAGCGAGUCAUGUGUUUAUUAUAUUAAGUGGGUGGAUGUGGAGGGUGUCGAAUAUGCGGUUGUGAUGCAAAAUGAUAAUGGACCGUGUCCGUUGUUGGCCGUUAUCAACGUACUCCUUUUGCGAGGUCGUAUUUCAUUACUUUAUAAUUUUCGACAGAUCACCUUGCCACGUGGUUCUACAGAAGUUAGUGAAAAGAGAUUAUUGCAGUUCGUUGCAGAUUGCAUACUUCGUCUCAAACCCAAGGAUAUCGAUGAGACAGAACUGCCAAAUUAUGAGCAAAAUGUAUCAGAUGUGCUCGCUUUGAUACCUUCUUUACCUAAAGGCCUCGAUGUAAAUAUUCAUUUCACUGGAGUAAAGAGAUUUGAAUACACGCCAGCAUGCGCCUUGUUUGAUAUUCUGAAUAUACCACUAGUGCAUGGGUGGAUUAUUGAUCAAACUGAUCAGGAAUUAUUGACAGUGGUGGAUGGAUUAAGUUACAAUCGGAUAGUGGAGAAAAUUGUUAGUACAAACAAUGAAUCCGAAAAUUGCAUGCUGAGAAAUUUCCUAGAUUCGAGCGCAUCUCAAUUGACAACACAGGGAAUUGCCGAACUUCGUUCAAAUCUCAAGGAUGGUGAAAUCGCUGUACUUUUCCGAAAUAAUCAUUUUCAAACAUUAGCAAAGCAAAAGGAUGCGCUGUAUGUUCUAGUUACUGAUAUGGGAUUUCUUGGAGAAUCUGCGGUUGUGUGGGAAACAUUGGAUUGUAUUGAUGGGAAUUCUACCUUCGUCAAUGCAGUUUUCAGCACAUCGCAUAAAUCGAGCAUCCUUGCUAACGAGAGUGCUGAUUAUUUGUUGGCUCUUUCCAUACAAGCAGCCGAAAAAGAAAGUAUGGAAAAUCGAAGCACACACAUAAGCGAAAUAAGCCUGUCAGCUGAAGAGCAUGACGCGCAGCAUGAAAUUCUACGAGCACGUGCAUUAUCUUCGUCGACUCAAGCUAUUCGACCAAGCAAAAAUUACAAUGAUUUGAAAGUGAAAAUUCGGAUCACUUUAAUUGAACAUCUGCUUUUUGAUUUGGAUUUCGUAAACGACCUGGAGUGUUGUUGCUGGGCAAUGGCGGUGAAAUUUGUUUCCUUCACAACUUUCGUCGACCCGUUGUUCUGGGAUGAACUGAGCAUGCGAAAGUUAAAUGACUGGAAGUUGGAUGAAGAACCACAUUCAAUAACUGCCACAUAUUGCAACCAAGAUCCAGGAACAUCAACUACAAGGUUAUCCAUAUCGUUUGAUGCGUUUUUGGUAAAAUCAAAGUGGAACAAAAACGUAGUUCCAGUGAAUGGAUCAGUUCUUGCUGUAAAUACUCAUGAAACAUUCAAAAAUCUUGAUAGGAAACAAAUCUUGUGUACUGUUGCUGUAAAGUUAUCUUUAUAUAGCGGUAAUGCUUUCGCUAAGCAGCCAAAGCGUUUUAUGUAUAAAGUUUCGAAUAUGAUUAAUUCAUACUUAGUAGCUUUAUAUAUACAGGUGAAAAAAUGCAUCGAAUCGUUGGAUUGGCUUGAAAAACCGUCGUUAUUGAAUACAUUUUAUCUUACAGUGUAUCCGGAUCUGAAAAAAUAUACCUUUCGGUAUUGGAAUUGCAUUCCUGCACUUCUUUAUCCGCAAUCAGUAAGAUUGUUAUCAGACCCUAUGCAACUUUCGGCCGAACUGGCAUCUUUGAUUCAAGUUUUUAUUGCGCUACAUCACAAUGAACCGUUUUUAUUGGUCGAUAACACGCCGACUCCUUUGUCGUCAAUACUUUCAAAUAAUUUUGUAUGGAACAAUGACAUUCUUGUCGUUUAUGCAGAUCCAUCUACCCUGACGGCUUUUCCCGGAUGGCCAUUGAGGAAUCUGUUAGCGGCGAUAGCUUACGUUCGAAGGGAUCUGCAAAAUGCCAAGUUCGUCUGUUAUCGAAGUGGUGGUGUUCCUAGUGUCAUUAUUCACCUCGGUUGGGAAGCAAAUGAUACUUUAAGCACUGCCGCAGUUGGAUGGGAAAGAAUAAGAGGUUCACUUUCUCCUGCAUGUAUUGAUCUACGAGGAAGCUUAGAUCCGCUAAAACUAAUGGACUUCAGUGCUGAACUGAAUUUGCGUCUGAUCCGAUGGCGUUUGGUGCCUAAUAUCAAUCUUCAGCGCUUUGCAAAUUUGAAAUGUUUAAUCUUGGGUGCUGGUACCCUGGGUUGUAAUGUGGCACGUUCACUUCUUGGCUGGGGUGUUAAAAAUUUCACAUUUGUUGAUAAUGCUCAUAUAUCCUACAGUAAUGUCGUAAGACAAUCGUUGUUUGCUUUCGAUGACGCUGCGAGUGGAGAGAAGUUAAAAGCUGCUACGGCCGCGGAGGGCCUUCGUAAAAUAAAUCCAUUAAUAAAUGCUAAAGGCGUGUUCAUGAAAAUACCGAUGCCAGGCCAUAACGUCUUAGAACAAGAGGAGAAAGAGGUUGAGGAAGCCGUGAAACAUUUAGAAGAACUGGUGAAGGAUCAUGAUGUAACAUUUUUGUUACUUGAUAGUAGAGAAGCAAGAUGGUUGCCAACACUUAUGGCAACUUUUCAUUGCAAAUUGGCAAUUAGCGUUGCGCUUGGAUUUGAUUGUUUUGUUGUAAUUCGUCAUGGUGUUUCUGAUGAUGAAGCUAGUGAAGAUUCAAAACAAUCACAAAGUGAUCCCAACAUUGUACCUGGUUCUCAGUUAGGUUGUUAUUUUUGUAGUGAUGUUACGGCACCUGGUAAUUCUUCUAUUGAUAGAACCAUGGAUCAACAAUGCACGGUCAGCCGUGCAGGCAUAUCUCUAGCUGCUUCUGGUUCGGCCGUUGAAUUACUUGCCGCGGUUGUCCAGCAUCCUAAGAUGGGGGGCUCUCCUGCUCGUCUUGGAGAAAAUGACGAGUCAACAACUGUUCUGGGUGCAACACCACAUCAAAUCAGAUCUUUCGUCUCAAGAUUUACACAGAUGACCCCAGCCGUCAAGCGUUUCGAACGUUGUAUCGCAUGUGGAGCUGCUGUACAGGCUGCAUAUCGCUCGGAUGGUUUUCAAUUCUUGCUAAAGGUUUUCAACAGCCCGCGUUAUUUGGAACUAAUUUCCGGACUAGAUCAGCUGCAGGCGACUGCAACAGAAAUGGAUCUCAGGGAAUUCGACGACAAUGAGAGUGUUUCAUCUAUCUGA